GGUACCGUGAGCACGUUUUUUUUUUGAGCUCUCCGAAAUUUAUCUUGUUUUUUCUAUCUUCUUCCGGCAUUACUGAUAAAAACAGCUCUUCUUAGAGCUAAAAUUAUUCUGCUAAUCUUUCUGGUCAUUUUGAUACCAACAUCAUUCUUACACGCCUUGAUAUGACUGAGAAAACGGACAAAACGCUUAAAACGCCAUCAAAUCUUAGCGAAGCUAUUGGAUAUCUUGAGAACUUGAUUAAAUCACAUGGCAAUAAAAAAAUAUCGGUUUCUGAUCAUAAAGAACAUAUCCAAAACAUUAUUGUUAUCCUAGAAGACAUUAAGACAUCACCCGAUGAUAAUGACACCGAAAAAGACGAAUUGCAAGCUCUUUAUGCCCAAAAAGAAGCAGAUUUGAAAGUACUAAAUGAUGAAAACAAACAGCUUAAAGCAGAAACGACUCAGAAAUCAGAUGAAAUUAAACGACUACGAGAUGAAAUCUUAAAGAUUAAAGCCCAAAAAUAUGACGAAAUUCUGGGAAAAAAACAUGAUACGAAUCCAAUCUUGAAAAAGCAACCAACAUUCGCAGAUAUCGCUAGAAUCAAUAAUCCGAUGGCCAACAACAAUGCUAUACAACGUAAAAACCAUGUCGUCAUCAUAUCUCCUAAAGACGAAGAUGUAUCAAAGGACUCAAAUCAAACAAUUGCCUUCGUGAAAGAAAAAAUUAAUGCAAAAACUACUUUGGAAAACGGUCUCCGUAUUGAAAGACUUCAGCCUGUCAGCGGUAAAAAGUGCCUCAUCAAGUGUAAUUCUGAAAAAGACGUAGAAAAGAUCUGCAAUAUUUUAAACAAUGACGACAAAAUCACCGCAAAAAAACCAACAAAGAAAAAUCCGCGAAUCAUGGUAGUUGGAAUUUCGAAGGAUAUCGAGAAAGAACAAAUCCCAACAUUGAUAAAAGCUCAAAAUCCCAAGAUCAAUGAAUUCAUAGAGAACAAUGAAAAUGAAAACAUGAAGAUUCUCUUUGAUAAAGAAGAUCGAGUCGGGUCGAAAUACCCACUAGAUAUUACAAUUAUGGAUAAAUCAACUAUCAUACUAUGCCAAAAUGUCCAACACUCAAGAGCGGGCACACAACAGAUAUUGAUAAAUGCCCAGACAUACAAAAGUCCAAUCCUAUGUAUUCAGGAACCUUACACAUUUGGUGACAAAGCCUGCGGUCUGACAGGUUACAAUAUUCAUUCUUCAACUAUUCCAAAAACUGUGAUAGCAACUGUGAUACCCAACGUCAUUUCAAUUCAGCAAUUCAUCACAUCUAACUGUGUCUCAUCAAAAGAGAUACAGUGCUUUGAUAGACGCUCAAGAUGUCUACGCUCAGCAGAAGAAGUCAACGAUCUAGUAGAUUCUCUAUCCGACACCAUCAUAAGAAUAUGUGAAUGCACGUUACCGCGAAAUAAACCUGGUAAACGCUCGAUAUACUGGUUUAACAACGAACUAAAAGAAAAGCAACAAAAAUGCAAAAGGUUGAGAAGGAAAUGGAAAAGAUCUAAUAAUCAAUAUCUCAAAGAAAUACACCUCAACAAUUACAUCGAAUAUCUCAAAGAAUAUAAAAAUCAAUUAAUCUCUACUAAAAAAGAGUCCAUCAGACAAUUCUAUUCAAUACAAGACAAUUCUUCCAUAUGGAAACAAGUAUAUAAAUGGUGUAAAACUCCAACAAAUCUUAAUCAAAAUCUUAAAACAAUCAAAACUGACCAAGGUUGGACAUCGUCACCUUUAGAAACAGCUAAUCAUCUUUUGAAUAAAUUCUUUCCCGACGAUCAACCAGACAACACCGAUCAAUCAAUCAUCUCAGCAUUUGCUCAAUCUACAUACUCAGCAACUAAUGAUGCACCAUUCAGCAGAGAAGAAGUCAACGAUGCCAUAGCGACGGAAAACGACAGCAAAAGUCCCGGAGCGGACAGUAUCUCUGCCAACAUCAUCAAAAACAUCAACAAGCUCUUUCCCACUUUAUAUUUCAACAUCUUUAAUGCAUGUCUGGAGCUUAGUGCUUUCCCGAAGAGUUGGAAAUUGUCAACAGUCAAAAUUAUCCCGAAACCUGGCUCCAAUCUUCAAACAGCUAAAGCCUUCCGACCAAUCAGCUUAUUGUCUGUCACAGGGAAAAUCUUCGAAAAGCUAAUAUACAAACGUCUCUUAUUCUGGAUACAUCAGCAUCCGACGGGCUUAUCAAAUAAUCAAUACGGCUUCAGACCUCAACGAUCAACUGAUGACGCCAUAAAUGUGAUUGUUAAUAAACGCAACGAAAUACUAAAUAAAAAGCAUUACGGCAUCUUCAUCUCACUUGACGUAGCAGGUGCCUUUGAUUCUGCAUGGUGGUCAUUAAUAAUCUCGUCACUCAUGAAUCUUAAUAUUCCAAAAAAUAUCAUCGAAAUUUUAAAAAGCUAUUUUACCGACAGAAAAGCUAGUCUUGUAAUAUGUGGAGAAAAGGCUGAAAAAUCAUUAAGCAGAGGCUGCCCGCAAGGAGCCAAAUGCUCGCCCUUACUAUGGAAUAUCCUGUAUGAUAAUCUCCUCAAGUUGCAAUUACCUAUUGGUUGCUAUCUGCAAGCAUUUGCAGAUGACGCAUUUCUAAUUGUUACACAUGAAAAAUUGGACGUCUGUGAGAAUAGAGCCAACAAAGCAUUAGCAAGGAUAUUUAAAUGGGGCAAUCAAAACAAAAUUGAGUUUAAUCCCAACAAGACGCAAGCAAUGUUGAUAUCUAAGAAGAGAAAAACAAGAGAUAUAGUCCUACAAAUAAACGGCUCAAGAAUCGAAUUGGUAAAUAGCCUGAAAUAUCUAGGCGUAAUUAUCGAAAACAAAAACAAAUGGAAUCUGCAUCUAGACAUGAUCUCCAAAAAAUCGCUAAAAUUGUAUCAUCAAAUUAUGAGGACCACCGGUAAAGAAUGGGGACUAUCCGGUGAAGUACUGCGAACCAUCUAUACAGUAGCAAUUGAGCCAAUAUUGACUUAUGCUUGCUCAUCAUGGCAUGGAGUUCUCGAUUUCAAAACUAAACGAGCGAAACUGCUUUCGAUUCAGAGGUCCUUCGCUAUUUCGAUAAUAAAAGGAUACAGAACCAUAUCCACUGAAGCUGCAAUAGUAUUAGCAAAUAUCGAUCCUCUUGAUCUGAAAAUAUUGUAUUGCACCAACAGAUACCAUCUUAAGCGAGGAAAUCCUACUAAUAAUUGUAUCGACUUAAUCCCAUUUCAACUAAGAGCUCCAUUCUCAAAUAGACUUCAUCCUGCCUUAUCAACAAAUAUGGAAAGCAGAAAUUGCCCACAACAUCAUCGGAUUGAUAUCUUCACAGAUGGGUCUAAAAUUGACAAUCAAACAGGCUGCGCUUUUGCAGCAAUAGAAAAUAACAACAUCAUUCAUAGUACUAAAUUGCGAUUAGCUGAUGAAUGCUCGGUAUUUCAAGCAGAGUUAUUGGCAAUCCUGCAAGCUAUUCAAUGGUGUAUUGCUAACGACCUCGACGCCAGGAUACAUUGCGAUUCUCAGGCAGCAAUCAAAGCAGUGUGCAGUCGAUAUACAUCAGAUGACUUGGCCCUAACGAUACAACGAAUGGUCAAUUCUUACAACAAGCACAUAUGUCUUACAUGGGUGAAAGCUCAUGUUGGAAUAACAGGCAAUGAAUUGGCGGACACCUUGGCGAAAGAAGCCACCAAAGAACAAUCGAUUUCGUAUGACAGACGCCCAAUAUCCUACGGACUCCGUGUCCUGAAGCUAAAAAUGCUCAAGGAUUGGAACGAUAGAUGGCAAACCUCGAACAAAGGGAGAAUCACGGCCAGUUUCUUCCCUACGAUCAAAAACCGGAAAGAAUGUCGUUUUCUGCCGAACUUUGUACAAACGCAAUUUCUCACUGGCCAUGGAAAAUUGGGUUCAUAUCUCUUCAGAAUGCAGAUAAGACAAUCGGACGCGUGUGUUUGUGGAGAAAGCCAGACAGUGGAACAUGUGCUAUUAUAUUGUCCAGCUACUCUCAGCAGCAGAACCGAAGCGGAAUCGAGAAUUGGUAGAUCUAUUUCAAUGGGGAUGGAAAAAGCCGAUCACAUCCAUAUUCUUGACUACAUGAUGAAAGCUUUUAAAAUCCUUUGA